AUGCUUAAUUUACAUUGGCAUUUCUUGGUAAUUCUUUCGAUAUUUCCGAAAUUUUUAACAUGGCUAUUUAAGCAAAAAUAUAAGAUUAAGGUUGAAAUUGGAAGAAUUGGUAUUCCUUAUUUUGUAUUGCACGAUGUUUACAUAUCUAGAAAUGGAUUUUCUGUUCUUAUUGAAGAAAUCUAUUUUAGAAGCAGUUUUUUUAGCAGUGAAGUUACAAAAUUAGUUUCAGUAAUUGUCAAAGAUGUAAGAAUUAAUAAAGAUAUCAGCAGUUCUUCUUCAGUUAAAGAAGAAAGUCUAUCGAAUAAACUGUCAUUUCAUAAUGCUAAAAUUCCUCCAGUAAUUUUAACUUUUGUUCAGUUUAUGGCUGUACACAUUUACAAUGUAAAUGCUAUGUUUCUUAGAAAAGAAUCACCAGAAUGGUUGAUUCAUGCGACAGCAGCAGAACUUCAUUUAGAUGGAAGCAUAAUUCACAAUGCACGAACACUCUUGGUAAAUGUGUCAGUUGGUUCAACAACAGCUAAAUUAUUAAAACAUGCUGUUGAAGCAAGUCCUGAAACUUGCCUGGGGGAAUUAUCAUUUGGAAUAUCUCUUGAAGGUACCAUAAUAGCACAGGGACCUUUAUCAGUUGAAAAAUUAUAUGUUGAAAUAGGAAAUGUGAAAUCUGUCAUUAAUGAAGGAAUUUAUAAGUUGGCUCAUUCUAAAAAAAAACAAGAAAGUAAUAUUAAGUCAGUAUCUUCAGGACACAUUUCUCCAAGUAUAAAUGAAAGUAUUUUUUUUAGAUUUUUUCCUCUUAUACCUAAAAAUUUUACCCUUAAAGUGGAAAAUUCAAUGCUAAAUGGAAUGGGUGAAAAUCAAAAAAUAGAUUUCAGUUCUAGUUUACAAUGUUUAAUGUUAAACACUCAAGUAAAUAAUUCGACAAGUUUGAAACCAGUAAAGGAACCUCCGACAAAACUUCCCCAAAUGUUUUUGUCUCUGGUUAUCGAUAAUUUUAUCGUGAAAUGUAACAAAGAAAAUUUUCUCGAAAUGAACAAAUUGGCAGUUGAUGGAAAAUAUGAGGAAUUAGUUUUAUUUGUAUAUUUGGCACUAGAUACUUUUUGCAUCAAUUACCAUCAUAAAUUAAUACAACCCUGGGUAAUAAAUAACUUUUUACAAAAUAGUUUGAAUGAAAACGUUUCAAAAAAUUUAGCAACUAAUAAAAUGAAUGUUAAAAAAAGUACUUCCUGGUUUGAUAAUUUCUGCAACAGUUGCCAAUUAUCUGGUAGAGCCGAACUUCGUAAAGUUUCUGUCUGGUUGCAUUUACCCGAAGAACCAACUUUGACAUCGAUUGGUUUUACCAGAACAGAAAUAUUAUUGGAUAGAAUGACAGAAUUAAGGGGAUCAGCUUAUGAAUCUCCAUUGGGAAAACUUUUUUUUGGUGAUAAACAUUGGAAUUUAGAAUGGAUAACUGAAUCAUUUUGGUGUAAAAUAAAUAAUUCACUAUUGAAUGCGGAUCCGCCAAUGUUAAAAAAGUAUCACACUUGGGGUACUCCAUUUUUUAUUGGAGUUUUUGUCAUCAAAGGAAGAAGUCAAGGAGCAUCAGAAAUUAAAUUAAAUGCAAUGUUAGACUUACUUAGAUUGGAAUGGAGUCCAGUAACUUCUCAAUUAAUAUUGGAAAUAUUAAAAAGCGUUACGGAAUAUGGAUUUACUAUGAAGAAUAAAAACGAAAAAAAAUUGACUCAGCCAGAAAAAAGUUUUUUUUUUAUUAAUAGCAUUGUUGGAAGCAAUAUAAAUUUAUUUUUCAUUGCAAGCAAGAAAAUAUGUCUAAUGACCAGGUUAGAUAAAAUAAGUUUAGAUAGUAGUCGUGGUAAAUUUGGAGUAGUUGUCGAAGGAAGCAAAAUGUCAUCCUUAAUUCCAUCAGCAAUUCAGUAUAGCUGCGUCAAAUCUGAUGAAAUAAAGUCAAUGUACACUCAUAUAAAGCUUGCCAGACUUACAUUUAAACAUGAUAGCAAUGAAAUUUCAUGUCAAAUCCAAGAGCAAGUUCAUUUAAAAUGGUGUGCAAAUCUUCAUUUAAAAAUUUUAACUCUACUCAACGAAUUUUCAAAAUUUAUUCAAAAUUUUAAAUUCACAUUGGGUAACAAUGUCGAAACGGUUAAUAAUGGAUCUUCGGAUAAACCGAAAAAACCCAUCAGUUGGAUAGUCUCUGUUAAAGGAAGCGUUUAUUUGCAUGUGACUGUAGGUAUUGCUCACGAAAUGGUUUUCAUUAUAUCUGAUCUAAUGGCUGGCAAUACUGGAAAAUUUGUUGGAAUGGAAACCACAUUGCUUAAAAUUUUAAUUGAUGGUGCACAUAUUUUUGCUUUCGAGUCUUUAAACUUUUCAAAGGUUUUGGAAAAUUACGAGGUAGCCGAAGAAAGAAAAAAAACUGAAGGUCUUACUCUAAGUAAAAAUGUUAUCUGGUCUAUAAAUGCAGAUUCAGUUAAGGCUUCAUUUCCUCACGAACAUAAUUACGCCGAUGCUGUACAAAACGAAUUCGUCACAUUGUGGAAAUGGCUUAAACUUGUCCACAAAAGAAAAAAAUCUUCCUUUACUGUAAACAGUCCAUUACCACCGGAUCUUUUGGUGAAAAUCAAUGAAUUUUUAUUCGAAAUGAGUGACGAUGCUUUCGAAGUCAAAUUGAGAGAUAAUUACGAACUCUUAGAAGAUGAAUAUCAAGAAAGUUUAAAGCGUGAACAAAUGUUAGAUGCAAAAGUUGCAGAAUUAUCGAAAACUCAUUUAUCCAUGCAAGCGAGCAAAAUCGAAGAACUUUACAAGAGUUUGCGUAGGAAAAAUGCGGAAAUAUACAUACAAAGGUCCAAGCAAAUGAGCAAACAAUCUCCUGCCAGAACGCGUCUUUUGGCUUGGUCCUUAAAAGAUAUCCGAGUUAUAUCUUUAGCAGAUCCAUCUAUUCACGGUGCUGAAAAUGUAGUUAGAGUCAUGACAGAAGUGGAUCCUGAUAGUUUAUGGCCCGAAGAAGGAUUGGAAUUUUCAAUUUUAUGGUGUCGAUCUAUCUCCGCUAGCUGUAGCGAAUGGAAAGUUCAGCUUAGAGAUUUUCCACAACCGCUCAUGGAUAUUAAAUCAUUUCACAUAUUUGGAAGGUUGUGCGGAGCUGAACAGGAAGCUACCAAGAGAGCAAAAAGAGAAGUUGUUAUAGACCUCGGAGCACCUUUCGGAGAACUCGAAAUAGACAGAUCGAUGACUGCUUUAAAAUUUUAUUACGAUUUUAAUUGUAAUGUGGAAUACUUCAGUUAUGCUUUUGGACCGUGUUGGGAACCCGUAAUUGCACAAUGCAAUUUAAGUUUUGAAAAAAUUUCACCUCCAUCGAAGGACCCGAGUCCUCCACUUCCAUUUUGGGAUAAAAUGCGAUUAUUAUUUCACGGUCGAUUAACUAUGUUUGUUCAUCAGCUAACCAUGCUUUUACACGCUUCUUUAGAUCCCUACAAUACAACGGAAGAAAUGGAAUUAAAAUGGACAAGAGUGGCAAUGGAUUGGACCAACGCUAAGAUUAUUUUUCAAGGAGAUUUUGACGUUAAUGUAAAAACGGCUUCGAAAUACGACGAUCGUCGUUUACUUCACCUUCCAAACUUAAAACUGACUUUAAAAAUGCAUUGGGUUUGUUUAGCUGAUCCCAACGAUCAUCAUGCUGUAAUGCCUUGUGCACCUAAUAAACUACCAGAGUAUUCAAGUAAUCAAGAGCACGACUCCUUCAGAGCAUUUCGGUCUCAAAAUUUGAAUGUCAGUCUUUCUUUAGAUACUAAACCGGUAUCGAAUUCCGGAUCUCCAGAUUUUGACUGCCCUAAUGCUAGUCUAUUUGGAAGCACUCUUCGUUGGUGUGAAAAUCUUAAACUUAUUUUGUCAGGUGUCACAAGGCCUACUAAACGGGGAGCCAUAUUUCGAAAUAUUAGAUCUCGAAAAAAACAAUUGAGUAGGCAUUACAGAAAGGUUAGAAUUUUAUUAGGUUUUCACAAAUUUCAAAUUUUUUACUGGAUGUCUUUUGCAAAGCAAAUUGGUUUUGAAUUACUCGGUGGAAGGAUUACAUUUAACUCUGAACACAUGCUUAACAUAAUGCCAGUGGAAGAUGUUUUAAAACACAGGCCACGAGCAGAGUGGUCGGUUUUAUGCAUGAACUGUGACUUAAACGAUGUUGAAAUUUGGUUAAAAAGUGCCUUACAAGGAUUGGGAAACGAAGUAUUGAGCCUUACUCAGCCAGUUGAAAAAUGCUACUGCCUUAGCGUCGCAAAAGUAUCCUACGUGAGAGAAACAGUAUUGCGCCAUCAAAGAGCGGCUGAUAUACUUAACAAUUCCGACCGAGGAGUAUCUAGCAAAGAUAUACCCACACACAAGUUGGUUGUCUAUGAUCUCAAAGGAGCGUGGACCAAAAAAAACAGAGAUGUAGCUUUUACGUUGUUUGAUGCAUUUAUGAAAAGUCAGCAACUCAAAAAAAAUUUAUCGACAGAAUCAUUAAAGCAAUUCAGAGGAGAUAAUUCAAAUAAACCUCGAGCUCAGAAAUUGAACGAUAGCUUAAGCGCUACAGCCAUUACUGCGGCUUCUCCAUCCCCAAUGACAAAAACUCAAUCUGGUAAUGCUGCUUUAAUGUUGCAACAGUUAAUUGCUGAAGUGGGUAACAAACCUGAAGCGUACAGCGACGAUUUACCAUCACAGUCAACAGGACAACAAUUGCAGGGCCUACAAGCUUGUCAGGACGAUGACGUUGUUCACAAAAAUUGGCUUAUUGCUUUAGUAAAUAGUCAAGUUUUAUUGAAAGGCUGUGAUACCAAAGGCUACGUUAUAUUAAGUGCUGCGAAAGCAGAAAUUCUUCAAAAAAUUCACAGUCCCGUUUGGAAAGAUGGAACUUUAGUUUCGAAGACUACGUGGGUGGGUUCUUUAGAGUGCAUGCAGUAUUAUGCGACCGUGGCGGCUGGAGAAAGUGAUAAAAUUGAUGAAAACAUUAUGUGGGUCACCGUGGACAACAUUCAAGAAAAAGAUUGUUCGGUUGCUGUUAUAGCGGAUUUGCCAGAUGUGCCUCAUUUAGUUGGCAGUGGCCAGAGUGUCGGAGGCAUUGUGACAGAAACGGUCGGAGCUAGCAGCAUAGACGAAGGGAAAAGUAAUCCCGUUCAACUACAGAGAAUAGUAUCAAGGUGUAAAUGCGAAUUUUUUUAUGCUAGAUACGGUGAUACCAGUAUAGAUCCAAAUACUUUAGACGAGGUUCCUCCGUUGCCCAUCGAAGAAAAUGGUCCCUGGGAAAAAAAGGAAACCGCCGUCGACGCUUUCACUCUUAUGCAUCACGAUUUAAAUGUUUGUACAAAUUCUUUACAAUAUGCCAUGAUAUUAGAUAUAGUUAACCAUUUAUUACUAUACGUGGAUCCCAAACGAAAAGAAAUAUACGAGCGUUUACAAAGGAUGAGAUUUCAAUUGGCACUUCAUUCAACCGAAGACCAAAGAGGCCCGAUACAAGUUUUACAGAAUCAAGUAAGAAGUCUGGUUUCAAAUUUAAGACGCUUAGAAAAAGAAGCUUAUUUACUUCAAAAGCAAUUAACGGAAGAUCAUUCGAAAGAACUUAUAAUAGAAUUAAAAAAUCUCAACCACGAAGUUUUUGAAUGCAAGGAGCUUUUAACGACGCAAAGUGAGGAAUUAGACAUGAUGUUGUCUUGUUAUAAGGAAUCCCAAUUGUCAGCUAAUCAAAGAUUGGCCACAACGAAAACUGAUGUUCCUGCUAAAGCUGUCAGAGCUAACGAAAUUGUUUUUAAGUACGCAAAAUGGAGACUCACCGAAGCGGAUGGUCAGCUAGGGAUAGCAGAUUUAGUUUUAACAAAUUUUUUGUACACUAAAAACUCAAAAAGUGACGAUUCCGUCGAACACCUAUUAGAAUUAGAUUACGUAAGAAUGACGAAUUUAUUACCGAAUCAAGUUUACACGGAAGUGUUAACACCUUCUGAAAUACAAAGCAAUAUGCCGAUCGAUAGAAAACGUUCGGUAAGAGUUUAUUGUCGGGAAAAAGCUCCGGUCGGUGGGAUUUCCGUGAAAGAACAUUUUGAAAUAAACGUUGCUCCCCUAACCAUCGGACUCACUAAAAAAUUUUACAAUACCAUGGUUGCAUUUUGUUUUCCGGGACGAGAUCCGGACACUAUCGAAGGAGAUAAUUUGGAAGAUGUGGACGAUCAUCAAAAAAAUAGUAGCAGGAAAAGCAAAGCCGGAAACAAAAAAGGAAAAGAGACAAAUUUUUAUGUGAAAAUUGACGACGACGUUGAAAAAAUGAAGGAACGAGCAGAAAAAAAUAAAUUAUUUAUUUACAUUAAAAUUCCGGAAGUACCCGUUCGAGUGAGUUAUAAAGGUAGCAAGGAAAAAAAUCUUGAAGACAUCAGGGAUUUUAGUUUAGUGAUUCCGACAUUAGAAUACCAUAACGUGACUUGGACGUGGUUAGAUUUAUUAUUAGCCAUGAAAACCGAUAGCAGACGAGUGAUUUUAUCGCAGGCGAUCAAACAAAAAUUGCAAAUAAAAUCGAAUAAAAGAAACAAAGAAGAAGGUUCUCCACAGGAAGAAGACAAAGCAAGAAUGUUAUUCGGAACGAGAGUUGUUCCCACUGCAGGAGAAAAAAGUUUAAAAAAAGGGAUUUUCAAACCUAGAAAGUAA